AUGCAACCUACACACCGCGCGAGUGGUCUAUGGUUCCAUAGUGCAGUCGAAGACAAUAUGCUAGCUACACCUCAUACGGAGGAAACAGAUUUUAACGCGUGGACGCGUACAGACCCCGAAGGAACAGAGGAACAGAAAGACAGCACAGAGGCCAUCGAGCCGUUAACUGGCCAGUGGGGACUGUGGAACCAUGCAUGGGUGAUUCAGUGGCUGUCCUUGGUCACAUAUCCAGCGCUCACGGUGCGGGGGGUGGUGUCGGAAACCCCCUCGCACGCCCAGGGACGGAAGAAAUGGAGAGUUAAGAAAUGGCGUCUACUCCCAAACCACACCCGCGCGGAAGACGACGUGAGAUACCCGUUAUUUCUAAAAGACAAGUGCCAAGGGGCGGAGUGCGUAGUGACCCUACGGUUGCCUAAACACACUAACGGACCAGACCAAAAAAGAAAAGUGGCGAUUAGAGUUUAG